AGCAAACAAGCUGCCCUAGGAGGGCACUUGGGAAGACUGAUCACCUUGUCCAGAGCAGAGAGAAUUUGGCUGGACUAUUUCAGUGUUGUUUCUUUCUGGUAACCUCUUGUAAGAACUUUUCUCUGGAAACAGGAAGUCAAUUGCUUGCCAAGUUCAGCACAGGGAGUAACAGGACAUGUUCCAACACACCCCAGUCCUAGCCAUAACCCCAGAGCUUGGGCCAGUUUAUUGCUUCCAAGUCCUGACCUCCUCCCUCCCCCAUCAUCCCCCGGUGUUAAACUUAUCCCCACCUAAUCUCUUCCCCGACCCAUAAAAGCUGUUUUCCCAUUGCUCAAAUAAGGGAUUCCAUCCAUCCACAAAACUCUCUUCUCCAACUCUAAGUCUCCCUCCCCCAUCUCUGGGGCUGCCCCCACCCCCUCCGUCCCUCCCCUUCAGUCCAUUUUCCCCGAGUAUUGCUGUGUGAUGUGUCUGUCGGCAGCCAUCCUUUCAUUGCCUGGGCGACUGAAACCCAUUCUUUCUCCUCUUGGGGAUGUAAAGGAGGUGUGUGUGGGGGUGGAUCUUGAGGUGAUCAGCAGGUCCAAUUUUGGGGGCACCUGAGAAAUAGGACGAUAUCUUCUUUCCUCCUCCCUCUUUUCUCAAGUUCCCUUUUACUUUUCCCUUGCGUAACUUUCUUCCUCCUUUCUAUCUCUCCCCCCACCUCCGCCACCCUCUGCUGUGACACACAGCUUCUGGCAGGGUCCUCAGGCUAGUCAUGUCUCCUUCUUUGCUAUCUCCCAGGCUACCCCCUGGGCAAAUAGGGGGUCCAAGCCGGGACCCAGCACUCUCGGUUUCCCUUUGGUUGAGUUGGGGGACAGCCUUGGGGGUGGCAGCCUGUGCGGUGGCACUACUAACCCAGCAAGCAGAGCUCCAGACCCUGAGGGGAGAGGUGGCCCAGCUGAAAAGGAAUGGAGGGUCUCAUCAGAAGGGUGACAGGCAGCCCGUGCUGAUCCUCCACAAGCAGGGCACUGAUGAACUGAAGGAAGAGGAAAUGUCUAGAAGAAAGAGAGAAGUCUUCACCCAAGAACAUCAGCACAAGAGAAAACGUUCAGUUCUGCACCUUAUUCCUAUUAACAGUACCUCUAGAGAGGAUUCUGAUGUGACAGAGAUAAUGUGGGAGCCAGCACUGAGGCAUGGUGGAGGUCUGGAACCACAAGGACAUGUUGUUGGAGUCCGGGAGACUGGAAUGUAUCUCCUGUACAGCCAGGUGCUGUUUCAUGAUGUAACCUUCACCAUGGGUCAGGUGGUGUAUCGGGAGGGUCAAGGAAGGGAGAUCCUAUCCCGAUGUGUCUGUAGCAUGCCCUCCAACCUCCACCAGGCCUAUAACAGCUGCUAUACUGCAGGUGUGUUCCAGCUAUACCAAGGGGACAUUUUGAGUCUCACAAUUCCUCGAGCAGGAGCCAAACUUGAUCUCACUCCCCAUGGCACUUUCCUGGGUUUGGUGAAACUUUGAGCAUAGAGAAAAAGAGUGGACAUAUACAUGCUCAAGAUAGCCAAGGGGUAGACUAGGCAGAGGGCUAGUACUUUAGAACAGAGACUAAUUCCUGAUUUUGAUGUAAUUCUCUUCCUGUUUUCCUUCUAUUCUUCCCUCUUUUCUCCCCACUCCUAUGGACAAACUUAGGGGGGAAGGAUAAAGAACCUGAUCUCUUUAUCACCUUCCGGGCCCCAAUUCUUUUUGGCAUCCUAUUCACCAACCUAUCUUGUACCACUGGAAUUCUUCCACAACAGCAGUACCGCCUAGUGGCAAGUUAGGGACAUUACCCUCUUAGCUCACCUUAACUCCACAACACCUCACUCCAAAAUAUUAAAUAUAUUCCCAGUUUCCCAUAUUGCAUAAUUCCUGAUUUCAGAGUCCAUUUCUUACACAUUUUAUAAUGCCUCAUUUUUCACCUGGUGCACCAUUCUCAAAUUUGUACACUCCAUAUUUCAUUUUCCUUAUUGUAAAAGCAUUUAUACAGCAGUUACACCCUUUGGACCUCAGUUUUCUCAUCUGUAAAAUGAAAAGACUGAACUGCAUAACCUCAGAGAUCUAAAUCUGUGAUCCUAAGAUCUAUUUGCAUAAGGUUAUACACUUGGCAACAUCAUAGAAUUAUAGAACUUAGAGCCAGAAGAUUUUACAAAUAAGGAAACGAGUCCAAAGACACAGGUAUUAAGUAGCCAUCUCCCUUUAUCCUUCCAUACCACAUUCCUUCCCUUGCAUACUUCAUUUAGAUUCUUUCUUGCUCUUCUGGCACGAUGCUCCAUCCAUAUCACUAACUAGACUUUACCUGACACUUGAAGACAUCUAUGUGGACUUCACACCAUAUCUAAACUUUGCCUAGCCUCCACAGCCAUUCCUUGAUGGGCUCUCCUUUUCUGUUUAUCCAUCACUCAGCCUGAAUAAGUAUCAAAUAAAAGUGAAUGUAGCAGUCGGCUCCGA